AUGUUCCAGCCACUAGCACUUCUCUGGGGUUUGCUUAUAAUAUCGUCAGCCCAAGCUACACCAAAUGGCCAGGCAAUUUUGAACAUUGGUCCAGAAGUCUUAAACAAAGUUUUUUCCCAGGAACUUACAAAUCAGGAUGCUAUUCAGGUGCUAAAAGAAUUGCCUCUCUAUGAAGCCAUGAGGAAUGACAACAGCAUCCCCUUGAUUGGAGGCCUUAUCAGUGGUUUCCUGAAGCAGAUUGUAUGGCUGAAGGUCACUGAGGUUAGCAUGCCCCAGUUGGCAUUUCAACUUUCUGAGGAGAGUCAUCCCCAGGUCAAGAUCCCCCUGGAUAUGGUGGCUGGUCUCAACACCAUAAUUACCAAAAAACUCAUUGAGCUGCACGUGGAAGUUGACAUCAUAGCUGAACUCCAUACAGAAACUGACAAUCAAGGGAACUCUUAUUUAGUCCUCAGAAAGUGUACCAACAGCCCCAAUAACUUAAGCAUCAGUCUUCUACAAAAGCUCUCCUUUGCAGUCAGAUUCUUGGCUAACAAGGUCAUUGAUGUCUUGAUGCCAGCCCUGCCCACUUUAGUGAGAAGGGAGGUAUGCCCAGUCAUUGAGAAGGCCUUUAAGAGCAUGACUUCCAAAAUCUAUGCUUGGUCAACCUCAUCAGUGUCAAUUGGAUCCAAUUCCCUGAGUUUCAAGGUCCUGUCAUCUUCAGCUGUGGACAGCAACUUUGAGCUAGAUCUGAAUGCUAAGCUUCAGGACUCAGCAGGAAAUCUGGUCAAGGUGUUCGAUGACUCCUGGAGCUCUCUGACAGUGCCCAAUUUGGAUGACUUUGGAUUCAGUUUCAUAGUGAAACAGGAUGUGGUGAAUGCUGCCAUUGGGGCACUGCUGCCCAUCGAAGAGCUAACAGUUCUUCUGGACUCUGUGCUUCCUGAGUUGGCUCGUGAAUUGAAAUCAGUCCUCAACAAAAUCAAUACAAAGGCUUCCAUACAAUUGGGACCGACUCAGAUUGUGAAGAUCUUCACCCAGCAACCUCCAGAUAUCGUCCUGAAAGAUGGUAGUGCCAGAGUAGCCCAGCUGAUUGUGUUUGAGGUGUUUGCUACCAACACAGCUACCCGGCCUCUCUUCACUUUGGGCAUUGAAGCCAGCUCUGAAGGUCAGUUCUACACUGAAAGGAACAGACUCUUUUUUAACCUCAAUGGAAUCAGCUCUGAACGCAUCUAUCUGAUGAACUCGGGAACAGGUUUGUUCAGUCCUGACCUUAUGGGGACCGUGAUAAGCGAAAUCUUACUCGCCGUGUUGUUGCCAAACCAGAAUGGUUUGUUGCGAAAUGGAAUUUUCUUGUCCAUCUUUAAGAACUUUGGAUAUAAUGAAACCAAAGUGUUUCCUAUUGAGCUCUUUGGAGAGGCCCAGACAUUGAGAAUGAACGGGACUCUCACAAAGCAGGAAGGGAUGAAAGCUAAUGGCAAUACCAUGCUCUCAACCUGA